AUGUCAGGCGCUGUUAACAUUCUUGACAUUAAGGAUGAUUUUUUCCAAACGUUCAAAUUUAAAUCUGGUCCUACCAUUGGGUCAGGUCUGUCUGGGAAUGUUGUGUUGGCCAGACAUCUUGAUAAUCCAAAUAUUAAAAGAGCUGUGAAAAUGUUUUCUUCUUGCAAUGAAGAAGAUGCAAUCAAAAGUAAGAAACUGUUUGUACGCGAGGUCAAAAUGAUGCAGUCUGUCGAUCAUCCAAACAUAAUGAAAGCCAUCGUAGCUGUCAGAUGUCCAAUGUACUUCGCUAUCUGUAUGCCCUUGUAUCAGAAGGGCAGUUUGUCUUCAUUACUUCAUGAACUGACCCCAUCACAUCUGGCAGUGUACUUUGCACAGCUGACUUGUGUUUUGAAUUUUCUUGACCACAAGAGGAUUGUCCACGCGGACAUUAAACCAAGUAACAUUUUAGUGGACGACCAACUGAAUGUCAUCCUUGGAGACUUUGGUUUGGCCUUUUCUGUUCCCCACGGGACAGAGGUCAUCAGCUCAGACAAAGUGGGAGGCACUCCAGCCUUCAUGGCACCCGAACUUUUCACUUCGGGAAACGUGGACCCAUUUAAACUGGAUGUCUAUUCUCUUGGGGCCACUCUGUGGUGUAUAUUAUUCCAAAAGGAACCAAAAUCUACCAUGACAUUUGAUUAUCUGUUUGAGAUAAAUAAGAGUCCAGAUAUUCCACAACCUUACAGAUGGGCCCUGACAAGGAUGCUUGACCCAUUAGCAAACAAAAGACUUCACAUAAACCACUUGUUGGCCAAACUUAGAGAAAUCAGAUUUUGUCCUACCAUCAUUGACCACUUGACCAAAGCUGACUAUUCAAGAUAAGUAGCUUUGUAAUCUCGUUUAGAAUUUAGCUACAUCUACGCAGGGGAGUAGUUAGGAAUUUUCCAUCGUUUGGGGGCCCGGGGGGCUUGAUCUCUUUGCGGGCUGCAUUUUUUGCGUAAUAUUAAAUUUUAAAUGUAAAAAAAACUCAUUUGGGGGCCUCCUUCAUGUGGGGUCCGGGGAGAUUUUCUAUUUCUCCCCCCUCUUCCCCCCACCCGAGCUACGCCACUGGUUACUCGAGUAUACGAUCAUCUUAUAUAUAAGUAACUGACUAGUGCACAGCUACGUAAAGAAUGUAGAAUUCAUUCAACAUCUUAAAAACAUACAUAAGAUGUUUAUACAUUAAAACAUUAUCAUUAAACAUUUUUAAUCAAAAUAUUUGACUUAACACUUCAAUUUGCGAAAUUUAUGAGUUUGUUUCUUCUGCUUUCAGAAAUAAUCGAAAUAAGUACUCCACGAAUGGAAUUUGAUUAAUUU